AUGAAAGGAAAGGACACGGAAGCGAAUAUUAAAAAAAAGCAAAAGCAAACUGACAUUUUGGUCACCGAAGAUCCAAGAUUUAAGCAUGUUUCGAAAGAUCCACGUUUUGAACGCCCGAAGAAGAAAGACGUAAAAAUCACUUUAGACAAUCGGUUUGCUCAACUCUUGAAGACCAAAGAAUUUAGCGAGUCUCCCAAGGUUGAUAAAUAUGGUCGUCCAAUUUCGUCGGAUAAAACAGAGACAGAAUUGAAAAGGUUUUAUAGGCUGAAUAGCCCGUCAACAGACUCUCUAGAGGAGAAAGCCGACGAACAAGAACCCUCCCCGAUAGGCGAAGAAUCCUCUAAAAGCUCAGGAUCCGACAACGAUAACGAUUCAGUUGUGUUUGAUCCUGCUAGAGGCAAAGGGGUAAUUUCAUCGUCAGACGAGGAUGACGAGGAUGACGAGGAAACACGUUUAGAAGAAUUUGAGGAGGAAGGAUCGGACGAACAAAUUCGUUUCGGUGAAAAGACGCAUCGAUUUGCCGUUAUAAACCUCGAUUGGGACAAUGUGAAAGCUUCGGAUUUAAUGAAAUUAUUUAGUAGCUUUAAGAUCGAAGGGUCUAUCAUAAAAUCCGUGAAAAUUUAUCCUUCCCAGUUUGGAAAAGAAAGAUUGGAAAAGGAAAUCAUUGAAGGUCCACCAAAGGAAGUAUUCAAAUCGAACGACCUCUCUUCGCGAGAUGACGACGUAUUUCCUGACGACCAAGAAGUGAUCAGCUCAGAGUCAAUCAAAAAGAGUAACGCGGACGACGAUUUUGACGAGGAAUUAUUGAGAAAAUAUCAAUUGGAACGCUUAAAGUAUUAUCAUUUUGUAUUAUUGGCUUGA